UCGGGUUUUUAUUUUUAUUUUUAUUUUUUAUUUUAUAUUUAAAGGGAAAAAAAAUCUUCGUUAUUUAUGGUUUUCCUUUCGUUAAAUUGAAUUGAGUAGAAUAUUUGUAUUUGUAUUUGCAUUUGCAGCAGAGGCUAUGGUGACGAUGAGUCUUGUUUCGGCCGGCGGUCACCGGUUUUCUACACGGCCGUGUUUAAGAUCCACCGUAAGAAGAAGAGGAGGCAGAGUAAGAGCAGCUCUGGUGGAAGCAAGACCCGCAGCGACGCCACCUAUCAGAGUUAUUACCUUAGCAAAGACUGGAGAUCGAGCUGAUGACUUGCAAGCUGAGGCAAGAGCCAUGGCUCGUGCUGCCAAUUCCUCCUUCUACACCCCCGAGCUUCUUGCACUUAAAUACGGCUCCCAGCCCAUAAAGGUAUUGCGGAGAACUCUUAAAAUUUUGAUAUCCCUUGGUUCAUUUGGCUUGAAACUAUUACUGGACCAGAGAACUGGGGUGUUUGAUCAAAAUAGGAGAAAGCGAGCUGUGGAACUCAGGAGAAUUUUCACUGAAUUAGGCCCUACUUUUGUCAAAGUAGGACAGGGAUUAUCUACUAGACCUGACAUCUGCCCUUCUGAGUACCUUGAAGAACUUUCUGCGCUUCAGGAUUCAUUGCCUACAUUCCCUGAUGCAGUAGCAUUUUCAUGCAUCGAGAAAGAGUUGGGUCUACCGCUUGAUGCUAUUUUUUCAUCCAUAUCCCCGUCUCCUAUUGCAGCUGCCAGUUUAGGCCAAGUCUACAAAGCGCAGCUUAAGCAUUCUGGACAAGUUGUUGCUGUCAAGGUCCAACGUCCUGGCAUUGAAGAAAUCAUAGGACUUGAUUUUUACCUGGUCAGAGGCCUUGGCGUGUUAGCCAACAAAUAUGUUGAUAUUAUUACUACUGAUGUAGUUGCUCUAAUUGAUGAAUUUGCAUGCAGAGUUUAUCAAGAGCUCAACUAUGUACAGGAGGGACAGAAUGCAAGGAGGUUUAGAAUGUUGUAUGCUGACAGGGAUGAUAUCCUUGUUCCAGAUAUAUAUUGGAAUUAUACUAGUGCCAAAGUCUUGACCAUGGAGUGGGUUGAUGGAGUUAAAUUAAGUGAGCAAGAUGCUAUUGAGAGACAAGGUUUAAAGGUUCUGGAUCUGGUGAAUGCAGGUAUACAAUGCAGCCUCCGGCAGCUGCUUGAAUAUGGAUACUUUCAUGCUGAUCCUCAUCCUGGUAAUCUGUUGGCAACACCUGAGGGAAAGCUUGCUUUUAUUGAUUUUGGAAUGAUGAGUGAAACACCAGAAGAAGCAAGAUCUGCAAUAAUUGGUCAUGUUGUUCACAUGGUUAAUAGGGAUUACGAGGCUAUGGCUCGUGACUACUAUGCUCUAAAUUUCUUGUCUCCUGAUGUAGAUGUGUCUCCAAUUAUACCAGCACUUCAGAAUUUCUUUGAUGAUGCACUAAAUUACACUGUGAGUGAACUAAACUUCAAAACUCUAGUGGAUGGUCUGGGUGCUGUUUUUUAUCAAUAUCCAUUUAAUGUUCCAGCAUAUUAUGCAUUAAUACUGCGAUCACUUACGGUACUUGAAGGUCUAGCUCUCUAUGCUGAUCCUAAUUUCAAGGUCUUGGCUGCUUCGUAUCCCUAUUUUGCUAAAAGGCUUCUGACAGAUCCAAAUCCAUAUCUAAGAGAUGCUCUUGUUGAGUUGCUUUUUAAGGAUGGAAAGUUUAGAUGGAGUAGACUCGAAAACUUACUUGUUGAAGGAAGUAAAGAUAGAGAUUUCUCUGCAGAAGAUGCUCUACAACCUAUAUUGAAGCUAUUAUUGGCUCCAGAUGGUGAAGAGCUUCGACAUUUGGUCGUUAAGGAGUCAGUUCGUGUCACUGAAGCUGUUGUUCUAGGGGGCAUUCUUGAUACAUACAAUUCUGUCCCCAACUAUAUGAGAAUAAUCUUUAAUGGCAAUGUAACUGGACUUACAAUGGUGAAUGAUACGGAAAUACGAAGCAUGAUAGAGCUUCGCAACCAAGUCUUUAGAAUAUGGAGCCUGUUGCGAUCUUCUGAAGAUUUUGACCCAACACUUCUGCAACCUAUAUUACAGGUGCUUCAACAGCCUGAGGGACGAAGCCUAGGAGGUCGUGUUAUUGGUGGGAUCACUCAACGUCUUGCAGCCCGGUUAUUAAAGCAAGUUCUCCGAACUCCAGUAACAGUUCCUUCUUCAACUUCGUAACCACUGUUGAUAAUUCUUUUACUGUGGCAUAUACAAACAUUUGUAUGCAUAAAAAGGGAAAAGGGGAAAAAUUGGUAAUUAUAAUACUCUUUCAUUCUUUGCCUCAUCUGUUGUAAAAGAGAAAUAAGUAACAGAUGUUUGAAAUGUGUAUAAGGAGGAAAUGUAGGGGCAGUCACCAUUGUUAAAUUCAAUGGAAUGAAAUCAGAGAGCAGUCUCUUUUGCUUUGUCUUUA